AUGCCGUCAGCUUCCGUUUCCAUUUUUCGCUCGGAAGAAAUGACAUUAGCGCAACUCUAUCUGCAAGCAGAUGCCGCUUAUAACUGUGUUAGCGCAUUAGGUGAAUUGGGAGCCGUCCAUUUUCGCGAUUUAAAUCCAGAUAUCAAUGCUUUCCAACGCAAAUUUGUAUCAGAAGUGCGACGAUGUGAAGAUGUCGAGCGGCAAAUUAGAUUCCUUAUGAAGGAAAUGCAGAAAGCAAACGUAGUCCCUGAUAAAUGUACUGAAAUUCCAUCGGCUCCGCUGCCACAAGAAUUGUUCCAGAUGCAGACGCAAUUUAUGAAAUACGAAACUGAUCUCAAGCAAAUCAAUAACAACUACGAAACUCUAGCAAGACAUGAACUUGAAUUGCAAGAAUUAGACGUUGUUCUUUGUAUGGCACAGACCUUUUUUAACGAUGUAAGAAUAACUCCACAAUCUGUAGCGAUGGCCGAAAUCGUAGAAGAAGCAGUUGACGACUUAGACGAAGGAACUGCAUUGAUAAAUAUUCACUUCAUAUGUGGUACCAUUCGGAAUGAUCACAAGUUCGCAUUUGAAAAGCUUCUGUGGCGAGUUUGCUUAGCGAACGCUUUCGUUCGAAUAUCAGAACAAGACUACUUAGUUGAGGAUCCAAAAUCAGGUGAAUCGAUUUGGAAAUCUACCUUUAUCAUAUUUUUUCAAGGCGACCGCUUAAGAAAACGAAUAGAAAAGAUCUGUGAUGGAAUGACCGCUACAUUAUAUCCUUGUCCUGAUGAUGCUAACAAACGACAAGUUAUGAUUCAAGGCCUGGCUACUAGACUAGAAGAUGUACGACAAGUCCUAAAACAAUCCAAGGAUCAUCAGGUUAAUCUCUUAACUGAAAUCUCUCACUCUGUCGAAGAAUGGUUCAUAAAGAUUAGAAAAAUGAAGGCAAUAUUCCAUACCCUGAAUUUGUUCAACGUGGAUGUUACACAGAAAUGUCUUAUUGCAGAAUGUUGGUGUCCAGUUUUUCAACUAGCUGACAUUCAAAAUGCUUUACAAAGAGGAUCCGAGAGGAGUCAGUCAAGUGUGCCUUCAAUAUUGCAUCGCAUCAGAACCGAGGAGAGUCCUCCAACCUAUCACAGAACAAAUAAAUUCACUACUGCUUUUCAAAGUAUCGUUGACGCUUAUGGCGUUGCUGACUAUCAGGAAGUAAAUCCAGCUUUAUAUACAGUAAUUACUUUUCCAUUUCUUUUCGCCGUAAUGUUUGGGGAUUGCGGCCAUGGCCUCUUAAUGUUUCUAUUUGCUGUUUGGCUUAUCUAUCGCGAGAAAAAAUUUAUGAAGGAAUCGAAUGGAGAGAUGUUUGAUACUAUUUUUAAUGGACGGUACGUGAUCUUGUUAAUGGGCGCUUUUGCAAUUUACACUGGAUUAAUAUAUAAUGACGUUAUGUCCAAAUCCUUGAACAUAUUUGGCACUGGCUGGAUUUUCCCGAAGGACUUGUAUUCGGCUGAGGUUAUCAAUAAUACUAAACAAAUUGCAAUGCCUCCCGAUAAAACAUUUUCCGGAAGUCCUUACCCAUUUGGAGUUGAUCCUAUUUGGCAGCUGGCACUUAAUAAGUUGACAUUCUUAAACUCGUUUAAGAUGAAGUUAUCGGUGAUUUUAGGCAUUACUCAUAUGCUGUUUGGUGUUAUCCUUAGCCUGUUUAACCACGUAUACUUUAAGAAUCGUGUCAACAUUGUAAUGGUAUUCAUACCUGAGGUGAUAUUUCUGCUAUCCAUAUUUGGUUACUUGGUGAUAAUGAUCUUUUACAAAUGGUGUAUUGUUACCACUUUCUCUGAAAGGAAACCAAGCUUAUUAAUUACACUCAUAAACAUGGUAUUAAGUAUUGGAACCGUGAAAAAAGAUCAGCAACUGUAUACGGGGCAGGCUGGCGUACAAGUAUUUUUAGUUGUUUUGGCCGUUAUAUGCGUACCAUGGAUGUUGCUUGGUAAACCCCUAUAUCUUUACUAUCGUCACAAGCAUGUCUAUAAGCGCUCAGGGAAUUAUUCUUUAAUCAAUGACAACACUGCAAUAAACGACGAUGAUCCUCUAUUAGAUGAACAACCCUCCGAAGAAGCAGCUGAACCGAUUGGUAACGAAUUUGAAUUUGGUGAAAUUUUUAUAAACAAUGCCAUCCAUACUAUUGAGUACGUGCUGGGAUGCAUAUCGAAUACUGCGUCAUAUUUACGAUUGUGGGCUUUAAGUUUAGCUCAUGCAGAGUUAUCUGAAGUAUUGUGGAACAUGGAAAUUAGCAAAAUUAUUAAUUUAAAGAUAGGACAUGCAGGAGCCUUUGUUUUGUUUGGCGCAUUUGCUGGAUGGGCAGGCAGUACAGUAGCAAUCCUAUUGGUAAUGGAAGGCUUAUCUGCUUUUUUGCAUGCCUUACGAUUGCACUGGGUCGAGUUUCAGAAUAAGUUUUACUCCGGGAUGGGAUAUUUAUUCCAACCGUUUACUCUUGAUGUCGAAGAGUGGGAAGACGAAAACUGA